CAACUGUUCCCUCUUUCUCUGAUGGCACAGCCGAUCGAAGUUGACGGCAGUGAAAUCCAUUCACGGAGCUCCUGUCACUACUGGCACGUCAUCGAGAAGAGACUUUGGUGUAGUUCUGUGUUGGGGUCUUAUAUUUUUUUCCCAUCUCACUCACCCACCAGAAGGCCAGGGAAAUUAAACGACAGGACUCCUGGAGGAGGUCCAUAGACAUCCGGAAGAGUUAAAAGUGCUUUGUGGGAGUUGUUGCGAGCGUUCACGAGAUUUUGGGUGCGUCGUGAGCUUUCGAAGAGUGUGCUUUUUUUUGGUGUGAUUUUGGAAAUACCUUCCCAGACGGGGAAGAGAGGUCGAGAGGGUGAAAAAUGCAGGAGUGAGUGAAAGUGUGGACAGAGACAAAAUCCAGGUAUACCCUUGUGUCCGGAGUUAGGCGCAAUUUUCCCCGUAAGACAGUGUCAGCUGUCAAGCUUUCUGCUCUUAAAGGCGCAUAUUGACCAAGAGAGCAGCUUUCACGAAACCGGAGCAAAGGGCUGCUUGACCGUGGGCACUUGUAUUGCUGGGCGAUGCCAGUGACAUGGUUGUGCCUCCUGGGGCUGAUAUUCUUCGCUGUGACUGUGUCCUCGUCGUCUGGUGAUGUCUUCACCAGUUCCUUCCUCGUGCGCUUCAAGCGGAAUGUCGACAGCGAGGUGGCUCAUGAAAUUGCCAAUAAGUACGGCUACGACAACCUAGGCUCUCUUGCUGGAAGUGCUGGAAAAGAGUUCCAUUUUAAGCAUCGAUCGUUGCCUCAUGCCAGAUCCCGGCGAAGCAUUACACACUCCCGUGUCCUGAAACGAGAUCCUCUGGUUCACAGUGCUGUUCAGCAAAUAGGAUUUGUACGUGUGAAACGGGGGCUUCGUCCUGCUAUUCCAUCCAUUGUUGGUAAACCUGUGGUGGCUCAACCUGGACAAGCACCAACAGACCCCUAUUUUCCGCUACAAUGGUAUCUGCGGAAUACGGGGCAAAAUGGUGGAAAAGUGAGGCUGGACCUCAAUGUCCAGGCUGCCUGGGAUCAGGGCAUCACAGGAAAAAAUGUUACCACAGCCAUUAUGGAUGAUGGUGUGGAUUACAUGCACCCAGAUCUCAAAUACAAUUAUAAUGCAGAAGCCAGUUACGAUUUCAGCAGCAAUGAUCCAUAUCCCUACCCACGCUACACGGAUGACUGGUUCAACAGCCAUGGUACCAGAUGUGCUGGAGAAGUAGCUGCAGCCCGAGACAAUGGCAUUUGUGGUGUAGGUGUUGCAUAUGAUUCAAAGAUUGCCGGAAUUCGAAUGUUGGAUCAGCCCUAUAUGACGGAUCUCAUUGAGGCAAAUUCAAUGGGCCAUGAGCCUCACAAGAUCCACAUCUACAGUGCUUCAUGGGGUCCUACGGAUGAUGGAAAGACCGUAGAUGGUCCGAGAAAUGCCACAAUGCGAGCCAUUGUGCAGGGAGUCAAUGAGGGUCGAAAUGGACUGGGAAACAUCUAUGUGUGGGCAUCAGGAGAUGGAGGUGAAGAGGAUGAUUGCAAUUGCGACGGAUAUGCAGCUUCAAUGUGGACAAUUUCGAUAAACAGUGCGAUAAAUGAUGGUCAAAACGCCCACUAUGACGAGAGCUGUAGUUCAACGUUGGCCAGCACGUUCAGCAAUGGAGCCAAAGAUCCCAAUACCGGUGUAGCCACAACAGAUUUGUAUGGGAAGUGCACAACAACUCAUUCUGGAACAAGUGCUGCAGCUCCUGAAGCUGCAGGCGUCUUUGCUCUAGCUUUAGAAGCAAAUCCAUCUUUGACUUGGCGCGAUGUUCAGCAUAUCACAGUAUUGACGUCCAAGAGGAAUUCGCUUUUUGAUGCUAAAAAUCGUUUUCACUGGACCAUGAACGGAGUUGGAUUGGAGUUUAAUCAUCUAUUUGGUUUUGGAGUUCUCGAUGCUGGUGCAAUGGUCGCUCUGGCCAAGCAGUGGCUUACCUGUCCACCGAGGUAUCACUGUGAAGCCGGAGCGAUAUUGGAGCCCAUGAGGAUCCCAAGUAAUGGAGGUUCUCUGUAUUUGAAAAUCAACACGAAUGCAUGUGCAGGAUCAGAUACAGAAGUGAACUACUUGGAGCACGUUCAGGCAGUUAUCACGGCAAACAGUACACGAAGAGGUGACUUGGAACUAUUUCUCACGUCUCCCAUGGGAACAAGAUCUAUGAUAUUGAGCCGCAGGAAAAAUGACGAUGAUCACAGGGACGGCUUCACAAAGUGGCCAUUCAUGACUACACACACCUGGGGAGAGUAUCCACAAGGCACUUGGAUACUGGAGGCUCGAUUUAAUUCUCAACAGCCACGAAUGGGAUUCGUUAAGGAAUGGUCUCUGGUUCUGCAUGGUACAAAAGAGGCUCCAUAUCGGUCUCUUGUGCCCGGAUCUCCACACUCAAAGCUGGCGAUCGUCAAGAAAGCUCACGAAGAACGCAAGAUGUAAACAAGUUUUAAGUUGACGAGAGGCUGUGGAUUUAUUUUCAUUUUUUUCCAUUUCCCACCAGCAAAUUUCCUUUUCGCUUCCUCAGACCUUUCACCCCACCAAAAAAAAACGUAUUUUAUUUAUUUAUUUUUUAAUUUCCGCAAGAAUUUUCCAAAAAUGAUGGUGCAUUUCUCUGUGACACACAAAGUUUCCUUUCCCAUUAAAACAAAACUCUUCAAAUUUAUACGAUGAGUAAUAAAGUACCUUUCGAACUUCAAGUCAGUAAAGAUGAUAGUGUUGGAAAAAAAAUAUAAAUGUUGAUGAUGUUAGACCACUGCUAUUGGCUCAUUGCUAAAAUUCAAUUCCGAGGGAGGAUAGAAAAAUGAAUAUCUGUGAAAAAAAAUCUCGUGGAGAGAACUAAAAAAGAAAAUCAAUUUUGUGUGCUAAAAAAAAGUGAAAAAAUAAACUUCAGAGAGGGAAUUAUUCUUGCGCACAUAAUAAAUAAAAUUAACAUGGGAGAAAAAAAAUCUAUUUAUGUAGAUCUUGAGAAAAAAGAAACUAAAUUAAAAAAGUAGUGAGUGAAAAUGUAGAAAAAAAAACUUACACCAAAAAUUGGGAGGAGGGGAGGGACAAAUGUUCCGGUCAAUGUCCAAAGAGAAAAUGAGAAAAAGAAAAAAAGAAACACUGAAAGUAAUUCUUCACCUAUUAAAGAAAAUCAUAUUAUUAAAUAUUAAAAGGACUUAUACAUAAAGUGAGAAAAGAGAUAAAAAAAAUUGUAUAAUUAUUAUAUUUAUAUACACUAUUAUAAACGUAGUAUAAAUACCACUGUUCUUUAUUAAACAACCAGAAAAAAUGGGUCAGAAAAUCCUUAAUUAAAUGAAAAAAAAAAUACUGUAUUAAAAAAUAUAAGAAUAAAAAGGGGGGAGUCUCUGAUUGCACUAUCACAGGAUCACAGGAGAAAUUCAUCUAAAGAAAAGUAUAAUCGAUCUUAGACAGAGAAAUAUUUUUUAGUGGAAGUGGGAGAAAAUUCAAUUUCCUAUAGGAAAGUCUAAUGAACUUUACUUAUAUACAACAAUUAAUAGAAUUUUACCUAGUAGUAAAAAAAAAGAAAAUAAGAACAUCAGGAGGAAAAAUAAGUUAAAUUUAUUAUCAAUAACCAUUAGAAAAAAGAGAUACACAUAUUCAUAUUGUAUUCGCUAGAGAAGAAUGACAAAAAAAAACCUUUUAAAUAUAUUUAUUGUUUCAAUCAAAAAGAACGGGUAGAGAAAAGUCCAGCCAAAAUGAAAAGUUACUGAAGCACGAGUUUUCAAGCACGAAGAAAUCCUUUUAAUAUUGCAACAAUAAAUAUAUUAAUUCUACUCUUUAAGAAAAAAAAAUUAAAAAAAUAUAUGCUAAAUAAAAGAAAAUCUAGCUAAAUAUUGUUUCUUUGAUAUGUUUCUUUUCCUCUUUAACAUCAUAAAAUAAUUUAUUCUUGACACAAUACACAGUAUUUACAUUGAUGAUCUUCUACUAAAAGAAAAUAUUGAAAGUUAUUGACGAUGAUGGAAUACAAUUAUAAAAUUAUUAUACAUACAAGGGAAGUAAACAAAUUAAAUAUUAUGUGUAAAAUAAAAAAUUAAAAGAAAACUGUUGCAAAAGUUAUUAUUAAUAUUUUAAUUUCACAAUUUAUUAAGCUUUGUGAUACUGAAAGUUAUCAGAAAUUAUAAUUUUUAAUAACUGUUUACUAAACAAUUAAUUAUGUUUUAUCUUCUCUUUGUUAACUUUCGACUGCUAAACACAAAUUUUAUCUAGUUUUUUGCGGUAUUCGGGGGGCCAAAGACCAUCAAAUUUUCAUUUAAAGUUACCAAAAAAUCGCAAAAUACAAAUAUAAGCAUUGUACGAUUGUUCUGACCACAAAAACAAGGAAUUUCAAUUGAUAAAAUUGAAUUAUAUACAAAUUUCUAGCACAACACCAGGUUGACAAGAAACAAGAAGAAUAUUGACUAAAAACAGCAAAAGAUGGCAAUUAAGAAUAAAUGAAGAUCUUAAAGGAAAUAGGCAGAGUUGUUCCAAGUUAGCAUUUCUUUUUUUUUAGAGAGAGAUAUGGAGAGAAUUUAUACAGAUGAAAAAAAAAGUUAUUUAAAAAAAAAUUAUUGUGUGAAAUAUUCUCUAUUGGAAAAUAUUAAAUGAAGUAUUUUUUCAGACUACCACCAUUGUAUAGUGAAGAGAGAGAGAGAGAGGAUAAAUAAAGGAUAUAAAAUUAUGAUAAUAUAUUUAAAUUCAUGCUCAAAA